AGAUAUAGUGUUGAAAUGCGAUGUAACAGUUUGAUGAUGAGUAUUGGUUUUUUUUAAUUAUUGUUUCAAAAGUGCGGGUGUCGGUGAGAUUGGAAUGUGGGCGAGUAAAUGCUCAGCCAGAAGGGUUGGGAUUUGCUAACCGGAACCCGAGCCUUUCCAGAUGAGACGUUGACCAUAGUCUUAUCCUGAUAAAACACGACGAAUUUGUUACCUACUACUACUACUACUACUACUACUACCUACCUACUACGUCGGUGGAAGGGAAUUUAGAAUACGAUUUAAUUUGCGACUUUGAUCUCACGUUUCAAAGUUACUUUCACGUUGUGUCAAAGCUUUCCGGUAACCACUUAAGACUAGACGGAGACGUCAAACAAUAUGUGUCAACAUACAAAUGAUAAAGGCUCUAUGAAUUACGUCGAAGAACAACAAGAAAACGUGAGAUGCGCAUCGCAACACAGCCAAAUCCUAGAAAGUUCUGACAUCGAUGACGACAUAUCCGUGGGAGACAAUCGCAGCGAGACAUCGACGCCGAAAAAACGUUACGACCUUGAGAAGAAUUCGGAUGAUUCAAAAAAAAACGAACCGAGAGACGCACCUUCCCUCACAGAGUACGAAGAAAACAGAAUAUCAAAUUACGAAUCAUUCAAAGAUGACGAACGAGACUUCGAGAACAGAAGCGAUGAACGAAUGAAGAUUUACGAGGGCGGUCUGUUCCAUUUGUACAGACCCGACCGAGACUCCAAGGAGGAGGAAAAUGAGAGGUCUUUCGUUAUGUCCGGGUCCCUUACGGACAGUAUCUACGUUCGAUCUAUGGACCUGUCAAAGACAACGUUCCAGUCGCAGCUGUUGGCCGGUUUUGCUGCUUCGGUCAUGGCGGGGACUUCGCAGAGAGAUUCACAGGAUGCCACAGAUCAGCAACUCCCCAAUCGUGCUUCGGCAACUGUCAGUACCAGUCGCAAGCCGCGCCGACGCCGCACUGCCUUCACCCACGCGCAGCUCGCGUACUUGGAGCGGAAGUUUCGCUGUCAGAAGUACCUGAGCGUUGCUGACAGGGGCGACGUGGCCGAAGCUCUGAGUCUCAGCGAAACUCAAGUCAAGACCUGGUACCAGAAUCGGAGGACGAAAUGGAAACGUCAGAACCAGCUACGCCUGGAGCAGCUCCGAGCCCAGGCCGCGACCGGGGAGCGAGAGCUGUCCCACGCCCUGCCCCUCGCCUGCGCGCUGCUGCCCCCCUAUCCUGCCUACAUGCACUGCCAUCUUUGAGGACCUUCGGCGUCUAGUCUAGUUCACAUCUCUAUCCAUAAUUAUGAUAUCGCUUAGUGAACAUGUUGACGAUCUGGAAAAUGAAAAUUUGUUAUUCAUAUUCUUCGACUUUUAGCGUUUAUAAUGUUUUGAAAUCGUCGCGGCUUAAAGGACAAGACGUCCGGUGCAUUCGUAUGUAGCGAUGCAACGGUGUUCGAAUCCCGCAGGCGGGUAUCAAUUU